ACAACCUCAACUGUGGCGUACCAAAAAAACAACAACCAUCACGGUCUAGCCAAAGAAGAGAUCUUCCAGGGGUGAUAAUAGUGACGAGGUGGCAUGUCGAUUGGCAGCCGCAUCGUCUCUUUUUCGCGUUUGCAGAUAAGCUCGUCGGUGGUGCGUUCUCCAGUUAGAGUCCACAGAGGGCUUUGAGAACUCAAGUUGGGGACCAUAUUCUAAGCUCAGCGCUGAUCUAUCCUGAAAUUCUACGAUUCAUUGCUGCAUCGCGCAACAUAGAGCUAUCAUGUCAGAAGCUGCUGUUUAUUUUUCGGUUUUGUUGCGCUUUGUUUGAGGCAUAGAACAAGCCUUCUCACCGAGCCGUUCCGCGACACAAGCCUUUCCAAGAGAGCAAGCAUCAGACGCCUCAUUACAGGCUUGUGAUGUGAAUUGUAUUUCGACUAACCAGUUCAUUGCUGUACAUCAACGCAAAAUAUCCAGAAAUUUGGGCCCUAGUUGACAUGCAAGCUACUGUUCUAGAACCGCAACGGCUGAUUGAUCAUACUCACCCGGGAGAUUGAAAGGCAGUUUCAAGAUCUCCUAGGCCCCAUCAUCGAUUCUGGGAAGCGUAGGGUCUUAUCAAAGGGUGGCUCGACAUUGGCUUUCUCGUAUGCAUUGGGCUUGUAGUCUCCACAAUCAUCGCUCUAUCGAUCUGAUGGCUUCAUUCGCCCGAUCAGCCACAGCUGGCAACCCAAGGACCCCCAUAGGGACCGUCCCGCGAAUUUACUCCUUGGCUCACAAGCACGUCUACUCUAGCUGGUCGUCCGGAGAUGUUGUGAUUACGGGCUGAUGUCGGUUAUCUUUGUGUAUGCUAUAAGUGCACUGACUCUUUCAUCACUUCGCAACCACGAUACCAGCAUGACCGGACACUGCUCAAGAUACCCGAAAUUUUGUUUACAUCUUGGACAAAUUGAAGUCAAAGUUAUCCUUUUAUAGAAUUCUAGCACUCCUCCCCAGUAACAUCUAAUUGGCACAACCGACACGCCUUCUCAAAUUCGGUUCAAGAUGGGAUCCAGAAUUACUACACUGUGGCAGGCACCAGAAAUCAAUCCCAUAAACGGAAAAGCUCGCUCUGUUCCUGUCCUAAACCCAUUCAAUAAGUACGGUCGAGUCUUCUUCUUCGCUUGGUUUGGCUUCAUGAUCGCAUUCCUCUCGUGGUAUGCGUUUCCACCUUUGUUGCCACACACAAUCAAGAAAGAUCUCCAGCUUAGCCAAAAUGAAAUCGCCAAUUCCAAUAUCAUUGCCCUCACUGCUACUCUCAUCGUGCGUCUUGUAGCUGGACCAGCUUGCGACCAUUUCGGACCGAGAGUCACCUUUGCUGCUUGUCUUUUGCUCGGUGCACUACCAACGGCUUUGGCAGGCACAAUCUCGGGUCCUGCUGGUUUAUAUGUCCUUCGAUUCUUCAUCGGUAUUCUGGGAGGCUCAUUUGUUCCUUGCCAAGUGUGGUCUACAGGAUUCUUUGACAAGAAUGUCGUUGGGACUUCAAACGCACUCACCGCGGGGUGGGGAAAUGCUGGAGGCGGUAUAACUUACUUUGUAAUGCCGGCAAUAUAUGACUCUCUUGUCAACGAGAGACACCUCACUCCACACGUCGCUUGGAGAGUUUCUUUCAUUGUCCCAUUCAUUCUCAUCACUUCAGUAGCCAUCGGACUUUUCCUUCUUUGCCAAGAUACGCCAACUGGGAAGUGGGCUGAAAGGCACAUGGCUGUCCAGCACAAUCUCCAGGCUCACGGAGCUCGUGCGAGUGGGGAUAUUGUUCCCAUACCUGGCGCCAUCACUGAUAAGAAGGCGGCCGACAAUGACUCCCCAAUGAUGUCUCCCGAUGACAAACGUCUGGAUGAAGAGGCAGGCAUUGCCCAUGCCAAGCAUGGAUCAUUGAGCGGGCCUGAAUCCAAAAUGGAUGAACAAGCAAUGAUUGAGACUGCUCGAGGCGAGACCGUGGUCAAACCAUCCUUGAGAGAAGCACUGGCUGUUAUUUUCAGCCCUCAGACCGCAGUCGUCGCGUUUUGCUACUUCUGCUCUUUCGGUGCUGAACUUGCAAUCAACUCGAUUCUUGGAACUUACUACCUGAAGAACUUCCCACAACUUGGCCAGACUGGUACCGGGCGAUGGGCAGCUAUGUUCGGGCUUCUCAAUGUCGUUUUUAGGCCUUUGGGUGGCAUGGUAGCCGACGUUCUGUUUCUUCGAACAAACCGCAGCGUGUGGAGCAAGAAGAUCUGGCUUCAUUCUCUUGGUCUAGUUACUGGCGCAUUUUUGAUCGCCAUCGGCGUCCUGGACUCCAAGUCAAAACCCACGAUGAUGGGUCUCAUCGCAGGCAUGGCUUUCUUCUUAGAAGCAGGGAAUGGGGCCAACUUUGCUCUCGUUCCCCACGUCCAUCCUCACGCGAACGGUAUCAUCUCCGGAGUUACGGGGGCGUGUGGAAAUCUUGGUGGCAUUGUCUUUGCUAUUAUCUUCCGAUACCAAGGAAAAGAUUUCGGCAAGACUUUUUGGGUUAUUGGAAUCAUGACAAUCGGUAUACACUUGCUGUUGUGUUGGAUCAAACCCAUCCCCAAAGAGCAAAUCGGUGGGCGUUGAGUCUUGCAAUUUGGGAAUUGGAGAUUUCGAGUUUUGUUGGUACCAUGCCUAAGAUCGGAUUGAAAGGUCGACUUCUGUGAAGAUGCCUUCUGCAGAUAGACCAGCAAAAUCCAGGAAAGAAGAUGUCUCUUAAUCAUAUUCAACGGUGAAUCUAAUAGCAGAACAGGGAGCAACAAGUGUGAUAUGCGUGUUGGACAUUGUAUACUCUUGUAAAAUUGAGAAAUCUAGAAACAAUGCCAUCUUGACUUAGAAUGUUGCAAUAGCAGCUUCGCUUGUAGUCCUACUUCAGUAAUCGUGUCAUUAAUUUGAGCUUAAACAAACCUCUUGAUUGAUCUGAAUGAUCUCAACAUUAAAUAUGGUGAGAGAAUGCUACUUGUCCGGAUUACGGAUGCUUGCAUAAUCUUGGUGAGGGAGGUCGCAUUGCAGGACAAGCUGCGGCGCCCUACCUUCCUCAAGACACAGCGGGUCCCAAAUUUUCAUGAAGAAUUGAAUUGAGCUGAAGAUUGCUUAUUCCAGAGGAGAAAAUGUGCAUCAGGAGGACGAUUAUGACCCAUCUCUUCCAUCCAGUCU